GAGAGAGAGAGAGAGAGAGAGAGAGGACGCAAACAGUGCUCUCUGCGGAUGCUCGAAUGUGCGAACACGGCAUUUCUUCUUUUAAAUCCUCUCCCUGGCUCGUCUGAAGGGUGAAAAGUGAUUCAGAUGGGGAAUGGUUCGAUGAAAUCAAAGCGUUACAAACACGCGGACGGCUCUACUUCUUCGUCCAACAGCCGAUGCUACAAAGAUCAUGGGUUCAAAUACUCGUCAAUGGACAACCUGAGGGCCCGAGUGGACGAGCUGGAGCGAGAGGGCAAGAGGAAGGAUGAGGAGCUUUGUUCCAGAGAGCAGCAGAUCAAACAUCUCAAUGAGCAGCUGGCCAAAGAGAGCCGAGCUCUGGCUGAUCUGGGCGAGGAGCUGCAGAACAAGAGCAUCCAGCUCAACAAGCUGCAGGACGUGAUGAAGAACCAGAGCGGGGCCCCGGCACCUCUGCCAUCAAGGGCCCCCUCCAUCAAAGCCUUCCACAAGAGCCCCAACCUCAGUGUUCGCAUCAAGGAGUCCCUCAAUAGGAGGAAAGGGGCCAAAGCAGGGGUGUCGGCCGAACCCACAUCAAGGACCUACGACUCCAGCAGCCUGCCAAAGUUCUCCUUCGACAAGGCCCGGGUAUCAAAGGAUGCGAGUGUAAAGAGGGUGCUGACGGACGCCCUGAACAAGAACCAGUACCUGAAGAGGCUGGAGCUACAGCAGAUCAAAGACAUGGUGGAGUGUAUGUACGAGCGCACCUACCAGCAGGGAGAGUACGUCAUCAAGCAGGGAGAGCCUGGGAACCAUCUGUUUGUUCUGGCAGAUGGGAAGCUGGAUGUGUUUCAGCACAACAAGCUGCUCACAUCGAUAGCGGUGUGGACCACUUUUGGAGAACUAGCCAUUCUGUACAACAGCACACGAACAGCAUCAGUGCGAGCGGUGAACAAAGUGAAGGUGUGGGUUCUGGACCGGGAGGUGUUUCAGAACAUCAUGAGGAGAACGGCUGAGACGCGACAUGAACAGUACCGCAACUUCCUCCGAAGUGUUUCACUCUUGACUAAUCUACCAGAAGACAAGCUAAGCAAAAUAGUGGACUGCCUCGAGGUGGAAUACUAUGACAAGGGAGAGCACGUCAUCCGGGAGGGAGAGGAGGGAAGCACCUUCUACAUCAUCGCACAGGGAAAGGUGAAAGUGACCCAGAGCACAGAGGCCCACAAGCUCCCGCAGAUUAUCAACACGCUGCAGAAGGGAGACUACUUUGGAGAGAAAGCACUUAUAAGUGAUGAUGUCAGAUCAGCUAAUAUUAUCGCAGAUGAGGACGGUGUGGAGUGCCUCGUUAUUGAUAGAGAGACAUUUGAUCAGACAGUGGGCACCUUCAAUGAGCUGCAGAAGUACCUCCAAGGCUACGUGGCAACACUUGAUCGUGACGACAAGAAGAGACAUGCCAGAAGGUCAUUGUCGCGCCACCAGAGCCAUCCGCUGUCGCCAGACGUCAUCCAGCUGAAGGAAAUGGUUUCCACGUUUCCUACAUCCACGCCCUUCGACCAGCUGGAGGUCGUGGCUACUCUCGGGGUCGGUGGCUUUGGACGAGUAGAACUGGUGAAGUUGCAGGGCAAGGACGUCACCUUCGCUCUUAAAGUCAUCAAGAAGAAGCACGUGGUGGACAACAGGCAGCAGGAGCACAUCCACUCGGAGAGGAAGAUCCUCGCCGAGGCUCGCUCGCCCUUCGUCGUCAAACUUUACCGCACAUUUAAGGAUGACAAGUAUGUGUACAUGCUGCUGGAGGCCUGUCUGGGUGGAGAAAUUUGGAGUCUGCUCAGAGACAGAGGGAGCUUUGAUGAGACCACUGCUAAAUUCUGCGUUGGUUGCGUCACAGAAGCUUUCGAUUACCUCCAUCGCAAAGGUGUUCUCUACAGAGACCUGAAGCCUGAGAAUCUCAUGCUGGAUACUGAGGGAUACAUCAAACUGGUUGACUUUGGUUUUGCAAAGAAGAUAAGAUGUGGCCAAAAGACGUGGACCUUCUGCGGGACACCGGAAUACGUGGCCCCUGAGAUCAUCCUCAACAAGGGCCACAACUUCAGUGUGGACUUUUGGUCUCUGGGCAUCCUGGUGUUUGAGCUCCUCACUGGCAGUCCUCCGUUCUCAGGGAGUGACCAGAUGAUGACAUACACUUUCAUCCUGAAAGGCAUUGAGAAGAUGGACUUCCCCAAAAAGAUCACCAAGAGACCCGAUGACCUCAUACGCAAGCUGUGCAGACGGAAUCCUUCAGAGCGACUGGGCAACCUAAAAAAUGGAAUAACUGAUAUCAAGAAGCACAGGUGGUUUAAUGGCUUCAACUGGGAGGGACUAAAAGUGAGGACUUUACCAUCUCCACUGAAAAGAGAACUGUCAGGACCGACAGAUCACAGCUAUUUUGACAUCUACCCUCCAGAUGAGGACAGUCCUCCUGAUGAACUGUCUGGUUGGGACAUCGACUUCUGAGACCUUCUGCCAUAACGUUCCAUCAUUUUCUUCCUUUGCUUCCUAUAUAAAGAAACUGAAUUGGAAAAGGUGAUCUCACAUCACCCGAGACAGCCGUGGUGGAAGUCCUCAGACUGGUUACUUUACCGUCUCAACACAAAUGAAGAGUCACAGGAGAAUUCCUGUUUAAAUUGGACUGUGUUGUUGUGAUACCAUCACUUUCCUUUUGGUUGUUAAAUCUGUAUGACAAUGCAGUGCCAGAAGCUGUAGAAGUGGCACGCUAGCAUAGCAAGCUAACAUCUGUCAAACUGAAUGUUACUGAGGGUUCUUCAAAAUCUGAUGCUGAGAAAUGAUGCUCCUGUGAGUUGUAGAUAAACACUCACCUAAAUCAAACACAGCUGGCAGUAUUUGUGGGUUGGAAACCAGUGAGGUAUCAAGUCCUUGUUGCUGAAUAAACAACCCUUUUCUGAAUGGUUUGGGCACUAAGCAUAGGUAGAAAAGAAAAGUUUGCCUUACCUUACAGGUCAGAAAUCAGCUCUGCAUUGUAACCAGUUCCAAAAACCACACAACCUAGAAUUCAUGAAACAUGUUGCUUUGUCACCAUGCAAUUUUGAUUCCCAAAGAUAAUUCUUCAAUGGCAAAGUUUGUCCAUAAUGUGGUUUAGUCUACAGUGGGAUGACCAGGUGUCAGAACUGAUUGACAGUGACCCUGCUAAAACUUGCCUCUAUUCAAUAGCUGUUAGAAUGCAAAAGAGGGAAAUCACCAUUGGCUGUGUCAGAUGUCAAUCAAUCAACAAAUAUGUAUUUACGAGUGUAGCCGGCUACCAGAGAGUUUUUUGUGACAUUUCAGUUUUUUUCCAUCGCACAUUGAGGUGAUUUUGAUUUGAAGCGACACUCGAUGCGAGACUCAAGAGAAAAUGCCCAUCUAUAUAUACAUUCCUCCUUUAACCAAAAUAGGAUAAUCAAACAGAUAAGGUAACGGCAGCUGAAAUAACCACAAAGUUUACCAGACUGUGCGGCAAUGGCAGCAAUGGCAAUCCAACCCAGUCUCAUGGCAUUUCGUGUUCACCAGCACGAUUUUUAAUCUAUUGAUUCGUGUUCACAACACGAUUUACCCCUUUUUCUCGUGUUGCACAGCACGAUUUUAAAAGCAAUGUAUUUCUACUGGUAAUGACGCUCAUGGAAGCACGGCAUUC